AUGGUGCAUUUCAUUGCUUGUAAGAAGAUAGCUGAUGUGGUAAAUGUGGCACAAAUGCAUUUUCGAGAGGUCUACUGCCUCUAUGGGCUACCAUUGUCCAUUGUUUCCGACCGCGACACACAGUUCCUUAGCCACUUUUGGCGAUGCUUGUGGCAAUUGUCAUAUACUAAGCUUGACUUCAGCAGUGCCUACCAUCCACAAACGGAUGGGCAAAUAAAGGUAGUCAACCUUUCACUGGGAGCCUUGCUUCGAAAUUUGAAGCGACCACUUGGUAAGGCCAAAGACUUAAUAGCCCAAAUACAAGAGGGUCACAAGUUCACCAUUCAAAAUUUGCAAGUGUCCACAGCAAAGUAUAAGGCGGAUGCGGAUAAGAAAUGCCGGGCUGUAGAAUUUGAGAAAGGAGAUUUUGUGUCGGCUGUGCUGACUAAAGAUAGGUUUCCAGUGGGAGAAUACAACAAGUUGGCUGCUUGCAAGAUUGGUCUGGACAUUGGACUUUGA